AUGAAACAACCCUCAGCAUAUUAUCAAUACAACAAUGUCACAUUAAAAACGUUGACCGCAUAUCAGCUAAUGGAGCGUAGAGAACAGAUGUGUGAGUUAUUCCAAUUGGCUGAUAACUCUGAGAGACACAACCUGGUAGCAUCUGAAGAGAAUCAAAAACGUACUCUAGCACAAUUGAAAGAUCAGCUCGAAAAAUUAAAAUGUGAAAAAAAUAAUGCUUAG